CACACUGCAGUCGCCUACUUUCCUCCGCCUCAUCACCCCCGUACAACUCCGCAUUCCGCGCUUCGCUCCGCAUCCCUCCCACUUUCCUGGCCUCGUGUCUCGAGGACAUGGUAUGGUGCCGGUCGGUUCAUAACUAACGCCCUCGAGUUCUCUGCCAAGUGCUGCAUCCUCUAGGUACCUUAUAUGUCGGUUGAAUGCCUCCGGUUUUGAACCCCUUCCUGCGGGCCUUCUUCCGCAGCACUCUCCCCAGCCAGUGCUCACCGCUGCAGCACCACGUCCUCCUUGUGCCCACCACAGACGUCCUCCUCGGUUCGCGCGACCGCGACACCAAUGCCUCUUACGCCGAUCUAAGUGGCUCCGAAGAGUUCCUUGCCAGCCAUGUCCUGCGCAUCCCCGGUGGCGUGGGCCCCAACAAUCACAUCAAAGAUGGCGCUUCGUUCAGAGAUAGUCGGGGCAAGGCUAAACAGUACUCUACGGCCAAUGGGAGGACCGUCAUCAUCAAAGAUGCCUAUGUAUACAGCAACAAAGGCUUCAAAGCAUUGAACCAAGCACAGCUCCUGAACGACGUCAUCUUUUACCCGGAUACCUAUGAGCAACAGCCGUGGUUGGUUUAUUUCAUCUCAAAACCACUCAUUGGCACCUGCGAAUCGUCGCCAAUUAUACCUGCCAGCUUGCCUCACCGUACCCAUGGCCCGCCCAGCAACAAUAACAGCAACCACCAGGCAGGCCCAUCUACAAGCAGUUCCACCGCAUCUAUGCCCCGGAAGAAAGAAGUUAGAUCAUUUGGUGACUUGCUGAAUCACUUCCCCAUGAUUGCGCGCCAGAUGCAGCCUGGCCUCGAUCGCCUGUUCACCGAGUUUAAAAAAGAACUGAACAAACCGCUCCCAGCAAUACCCCCCCAAAAAACGCCCAAGACAUCCUCAUUAAGCUCGCGGCGGAGAGGUUCCAUGUCUUCGUCGGAAAGUUUGCCCGUUUCCUACCAUAGCAGUAUAUCUGGGCCAAACGACUUCAUCUCCGAGCUAGAAAUAGAUGAGGAAGAGGACCUAAUGCGAAGAUCGUUGGAGACAGCCGUUACUGCGGCCAUUGAUCUCUUCCAGAUGGUAGAUAAACAGCAGCUAUCCCUGCUGGGUGCUACAACAGACUUGACUGGGCCGAUUGUGGAGCGCAUGAUUGAGAGAUACAUCACCGAACAGUUGCAUGAUUUCCAAUUCCCACGUCUACGUAAUAUUCGCCGGACCGAUGAUGCUGAACUAGAGUUUCGCAUGCGGCAGAUGGUAGAUAUCGACAUUUCCCAAGUUGGUAUCGAUAUUGGCCAUGGUCGGAAGGGCAAACACGAGCUUUCCAUCCGGUUGUCAAAAGCAGGAGAUAUCUUCAAAAAAAUGGGUGUGGCAGGCAGCCCACAGGAGAUGCUGGAGAUUUUGCUUUCGGUACAAAAGAGCAUUACUAUGCCGGAUGCCCCAGCGGAGGAUGCCAAUGGGUCUCAAAGGCAACCUUCGCUUGACGGGGCUACAUAUUCGGAGAAGACCGACCCUCUGCUCAUGAUCAAUGCUGACACGCUGGUGUCCCUGCUUCUCAUUGUUGUCAUUCGUUCACCAAUCCGCUACUUGCAAGCGCGAUUAUCGUAUAUGCGCCAUUUCAUCUUUAUCGAUGACGUGGAAAGUGGAGAAUUAGGCUAUGCAUUGAGUACCUUUGAAGCUGUUCUUUCAUAUCUGACUCGAGACUCGGCUGGUAUCCGCAAAGCUAGUCGGCGUAACAGAGUCCUGUGGCAUGCCACCAAAUCUGGCGACAUCGCUACCAUGCAAAGCGUGCUUGAGCCCGACAAGUCUUUUCAUGAGGACUCAUAUCAAUCUUCCGACAAUGAGGACAACAUUCCGCGACCAAGACCAGUCAGGUUUGCAACAAGCAUUUCAGACUCAUCUUCUCUAGGCGGAGUCACGGCCAAUGGAGAUUUCGAGUCUCGCAUGCAACAACGACAUUCCUCGAGCAGAAGGCAUGGUGGGCAAGAUGGGCCAUUGGCUCAUAUAUUCCCUUUCCAACCGUGUUUCUAUGGAUACGCGAAGCUUGUCCAGCUCCUCGGCCGUCUCAUUUCGAUCACGCACGACCGUUGACU